AUAUCUAUUGAGGAAAAGGCUGCUGUGUAUGCGGGAAUGGCACAUGACUAUAGAGGUACUGGGCAUUGGUAUUGUUGUGAGAAUGGCCACCCGUUUGCGAUUAGAGAGUGUAGUAUGCCGAUGAAAACCUCUCAAUGCCCACAAUGUGGUUCUCCGGUUAGUAGUCAUGAUCAU